AUGAAUGGAAUCGACUCUUUGGAUCUGAGAAAUGACCCAGAUUACAGAGGUCGUGUGGAGUAUCACUGUUAUGAUAACAGCUGCACCCUGAGGAUCACCAAUGUCAGACAGAGCGACUCAGCUGAGUACAGAUUCAUGCUGAUGACAAACCAACCAGAGGGAGGAGUUACUGGUUCACCUGGAGUCACUCUGUCAGUCACAGAUCCAGAUUUACAUGUGAAGGUGAUUAAUACAACAAUCCCCCAUGGUGUAACCUGGAGAGAGCUGAACUGUCACAGCAGAUGUUUACUUCCUGAUCGUCCUUCCUACAUUUGGUACAUUAAUGGACGCAGGAUUCUCACAGAAACAUCUUUCAGACUUUCAGGCUACUUGUUUCCUGCUGACAGUUACACCUGCGCCCUGAAAGGUUUCGAGGGUUCUCCUUCUCCUUCAGUGUGUGUUGAAGGGGAAAACUGCAGCAGAGUGACAUACACCAACAGAAGCAUCUGCGCCUUUGAAGGCUCAACAGUGGACAUUUCUUGUACUUACAAAAAAUACGGAUCAGUGACUUCAAAAUUCUGGUUCACCCCUCAUCGUAGUCAGUCCUGGCGGUUCCCCUCAACUCCUGAGGACCUAAGAGAAGACCCCCCGUAUGCAGGUCGAGCUCAGGUCUUGGAGAAAGAGGGAGGGCACUCCACUCUGAGGAUCUCUGACCUGAAACAAAGCGAUUCAGCCCAGUAUCACUUCAAGUUCAAGACACAAAGACUUCAAUGGCACAAUGAUUUACCUGCUACGUCUCUGACUGUCACAGCUCUACAGGUGCAGGUGAGCAGUGUAAAAUGGGUCAGGCCAUAUUACUCUGCAGUGCUGAAGUGUCUCAGUACCUGCAGUCCAGCUCCUCAUCAUCUCUACAUCUGGUACAGAAAUGGAGAGAGAGUUCAGGAGGGAACAUCCUCUGUUUCUGGAUACUUUCACCAUUCAGACAGUGUCGCCUGUGCUGUAAAAGGAUAUGAAGAUUUCCCAUCACCUUCAGUCUGUGUCCGUGGUGAAGCCUGCAACAGAGUGACAUACAAUGUCAGAAACAUCUGUACCCUUAAAGGCUCAUCAGUGAACAUUUCAUGCACCUACACCAGCAAUGGGAGUCUUCAAUCAAAGUUUUGGUUCAGUCCUGAUUGUAGUCAUCAGUGGAAGAGAGGCACAGAGCCUGAAGACCUCAGUAAAGACCCCCAGUAUGCAGAUCGUGUCCAGAUCUCUGAAAGCUGGAGUGGACAGUCGUCUCUGAGGAUCUCUGAGCUGAGAGAGAGAGACUCUGCUCAGUAUCACUUCAAGUUUAAAACAGCAGGCUUUGAAUGGGGGAACAGCUUCGCUGGUACAACUCUGACUGUCACAGCUCUCCAGGUGAAGGUGAUCAGUGUAACAGUCCACCAGGAUUAUACUGAGGCAGAGCUGAGGUGUCACAGCAGCUGUAGUCCUGCUGGUGGGAUUUCUUAUACCUGGUUCAAGAACGGACAGAAAAUCCAGAGUGCUGAAAACUCUUCUCAUAGAGAUCGGCUUUAUCCAGGAGACUUUAUGUCUUGUGCUUCAAAAGGACUUGAAAAUUACGCCUCACCCUCUGUGUAUGCUCUGAAGACUCCCUCUGUGUGGGUGAGUCCUGUGGAUGAAAUAACAGAGGGCAGUUCAGUCACUCUGACCUGUAGCAGUGAUGCUAACAGAACAGCUAAAUACACCUGGUACAGGAAGAACCAAACCCUGUCCAGUGAGGGAGCACAGCUUGUCUUCAGCUCCAUCCAGUCCUCUGACUCUGCAGAGUAUCAGUGUGCAGCUGAGAACCAGCUGGGGAGGAGAGAAUCUAAACCCGUCUUUAUCCAUGUCCAAUCUGGAGUGAAAUUACCCAUUGUUGCUGGAUUAGUCACUGUUGUCCUCCUGGUUAUUGUGUCCAUUUCCGUCUUGUUGUGGAUCAGGUAA